AUGCCGCCGCAGGCCAUCUCUUUGGAUGUGCCGGUGGAGCUCAUCAAGGAUCCGCGGUCGUGGACAGUGGAGGACAUCAGCAUUUGGCUGCAGUGGUUGGGCAUUGGUGAGCACGUGGACGCCUUUGCGGGUCGCGGGGUGGAUGGGCUCAUGCUGCUGCAGCUCAGUGCUGAGUCCAGCUGGGCGGAGCUGGGGGUCUUAGACCCGGCGCAGCAGCGGGUGCUAGACUCGGCUGUGGAGCCCUUGAGAUGUUUCCACCAAGCCGGCGCGGUCGAGACCGGCCUGGCGCUGCACGCCAUUGAGGGUCCCGUGGCCGGGCAGAUCUUCUUUGUCGGCGCUGGCGGGGUGACCGGCGGCCGGCAUUGCGCCUCCAAUGGCAUCGUGCUCUCGGAGAAUUACGUGUCAAGACGGCAUUUCCAAAUUCUCCGAGACCGAGCAGGGCAAUACCUGCUGCAGGAUGUUGGAAGUACCACUGGCACUUUCAUGAUGGUAAGGGAGGAGCUCGUGCUGGUGGACCAGAUGAUCAUUCAGCUGGGCACCACUGAGCUCACGGUGCAUUUGGAGGGCGACAUGUGCAGCCUCGUCGCCACCGAAGGGCCGGACAAGGAUGUUACUGCUAUGGUGCCCGCGCAUGGCCUCUUCAUCGGCAGGGAGGCAGGGAAUGGACUUUGCAUCCGAGAUCCCCAGAUCUCCGCCUUCCACUGCGAGGUACGCCGCUCGCAGGGUGAUGGCCCGUACGUCCUGGACGACAAGUACUCAACAAAUAGGACCUGGCUGCGGCUUGCUCCGGACGGCCAACCUUCCAAGCGGUACUUGUUGCGCAUCGGCGACCUCUUCAAGGUUGGCUCCACUCUGUUUCACGUGGUGGAGCCUGUGACAGACGAGAUGCCGCUGGAGAUGCCCCACUUGGACCAGACCCGGUUCCCGCCAGAGGACGAGGAGCCAGAGGAGCCAGAGGAGCCAGAGGAGCCAGAUGAGCAGGAGUUCAGUGAGCCCGAACUCCCAGACCUGGCUUCGCCGGCAGCUCCGCAGCUGAGAUGGGAGCCGUUCCUGGAGGGCGACAGGCCGGUCCUCAGCCCAGAGGAUUACGCCCAGCGAUUGGCAGCGGCACGGCGGCGCGCUGCGGAAGGUUCUGCGCGGCGAGUGGCGGGUGCCGCCGACCUGCAGGGCAGCCAGGACGCCCGCAUGUUCGACCUCCGGGAGCGCGAGUUGUCGUCACUGCAGCAGCGGAUGCGGAACUCGCGGGCACAGACUGCCUACACGCUGCAGCAGCAGCAGCGGCAAGGCAGCGAGAGGAGGGACGAGGAUCUUUGCAAGAUCUGCUACGAUAAUGACAUCGAUGUGGUCCUUUACCCCUGUGGCCACUUCAUGCUAUGCCAAUGGUGCGCGCGGAUGGUCUCCGAUUGCCCGGUAUGUCGUCUGGUCAUCACCGACGUGAUCCGCACGUACAAGGCCUAA